AUUUCGUUUUAGAAGAGAUAUUGGUUAAAACUGGUUCGGUAAAUAGAGAAGUCGACACCUGGAAUAGUCUUCUUAAUAGUGUAGUUAGUAGGAAUACUUUAUAUAAAAUCAAGAAGCUACACAGACUCUUUUGUGUGAUCUUACGUUAAUUCCCCAAGGGAACAACUGACCAUUUCAUAUGCCAAUAUUAAGAGCAUUACAGCCUUCAUUAAGUCGCUUGAGGGUGCUCCGUGAUAAUGACGCUCGGCUCAUAACUGAGAGAGCUUGGGUUCGAAUCCCGCGAAGUGGAAUUAUUUUUGGCUAUUUUUCCGUAAGCCCUAACCGUCUGUCCACCCAAGAAGUGAAAUGGGUAUCUGUUGUCAUUUUGGGGGCUGUGACCCGUUUCCAUGGGUCCUGUCCUCCUCAACUGUAAUUUCUUCCACUUCUGUUUCUCUCUGGCAUAUGAUCUUCGAUGUUAUUCCAGUCUUAACUAAACUUUCAACAUUAAUAUUCUGGUCCAUGAAACAAGGCAUCGAAGAUAAGAAAAUGUACUUAAUUUAGAUUAAAACAUCUAUGUCAGAUAAAUUGCUGUAAAUUCUACAGUUAACUGAAAUCUACAUCUUCUCCAUUCUAGAUCCAAAAAUGAAGACCUUCACUUGCCGAUCUAUCCAACUGUGGUCAAGAUCAAAUACACUCAUAACCACAUGAUCAACAGUGCAGAUACCCUUAAGCAUAGAGAUGUUAGUGAGGAUACCAUAGAGAUCUUAAAAAACCUGUAUGCCAAAGGCCAUUCUCCUGCAUCUGCACUGAACACACAUAAGUUAGACAUGCAACUGCAACAUGAGAAAGACUAUGUUUACGAAGCUGCAGAUCGUGCCAAUUGUCCAGAUAUACAGUUCUGCCACAGGCUGUACAAGAAGAUAUUUAACAAAACCUAUGGUGCUGCAAGUGGUGAGGAGAUGCUGCAUGAUUUGGAAGCAGCCAUAGAAAACUACAAUAGUGAGCAAGGAGAGAUGUGUGGUAAAAUAAAAGACAUAAAUGGCAAGAUUGUGAUUGCUCUUUGUACACCACUAAUGAAACGUGUGCAUCAAAACCAUGACUACAGUGGGGAACUUGUGUUUAUUGAUGCAUCAGGAGGUAUGGACAGAUACGAUUGUCGAAUCUUCAUGAUGUUGACCCACAGUGCAGCAGGCGGUUUGCCACUUGGAUGCCUUAUUGUCACAUCUGAGUCGCGUGACUGCAUAACUCAGGCUUUACGGCUCUACCUAGAGAUCUUACCGAAAGAUGGAUUCUUUGGUCGAGGUUCGAGAGGACCCUUGGUGUUUUUGUCUGAUGACAGUGAGGCAGAAAGGCAGAGUCUUCACGAGGUCUUUCCUGAGGCUACGUUGAUUCUCUGUGUUUUUCACUUGCUCCAAGCAGUUUGGAGAUUCUUGUGGGAAGGGAAGAACAAUAUCAGAAAGGAUCAUCGUCCUCAGUUGCUUUCAGCUGUGAAGAAAAUGACAUUUGCCGGCAGUGUUAUAGCUCUUGAGGAGGCUUAUGCUGAGAUACAAGCUAAUGAUAUAGCAAGCCUGUACCCAAACUAUUUGGCCCACUGUAAGAAGUUGUAUGAUCGUCGUCAGGCAUGGGCUGUGUGCUACCGGCAUCACCUGCUUGUCCGUGGGAACAACACAAACAACUAUGCAGAAGCAGCCAUGAGGAUUCUCAAGGAUCAAAUUUUUGAACGUGUCCGUGCAUAUAACAUGGUACAGUUACUGGACUUCUUGGUGACACGACUGCCGUCUUAUUAUGAACGCCGUUUGAUAGACCUUGCCAAUGGGCGUGUGAAUGUCACUGUUUCCAAGAGAUUUCUCCCUGGAGGAUCAUCAAUCCCCAAAGGUGACAUAAUUAAGGUAGAUGGCCAUAACUAUGAACUGUACCACACGGCUCAUAGAAAAGUUGAGAAAAGACCCAGGAGAAUUAAUUGA